AAUUCCCCUUACCGAGAUUGCCAGAAAGCAAAAUCUCGUUCCUAUUUACUCCAAACUUUUAUUACUCUCAACCGUCCCCUACCCCAUAAUCUCCUAUAUAAAGGUCCUCCAUGUCCAUGCAACACAAACUCAGAAGUCAUACAUAGGAGGGAGAGACAAGAGAGAGAGAGAGAGAUGGCGAAUUGGUGUGUGAUUUUUGUGCUAGUCCUAGUGGUAGUAGUACAUGCAAAUGCACGUACCGUGCCCAGUAGUGAUGUUGGUCACGAUGACCAAACACUACAAGUGCAUGCUACUGCACCAGUGGCAGAAUCACCAAGUGGCGGCACAGCCCUUAAAGAUAAGAAGAACUUUAUUUACGGUGGUGUUGGUGGGUUUGCAGGGGUGGGUGGCUAUGUUGGGGCUGCAGGUUUGCCACUCCUUGGUGGCGUUGGUGGGAUUGGCAAAUAUGGUGGAAUUGGUGGGGCUGGAGGGAUAGGUGGCUUCACUGGCAUUGGUGGUGGUGCAGGUGGUCUAGGUGGUCUCGGUGGUGUAGGUGGUUUAGGUGGUGCAGGUGGUGUAGGUGGUGCAGGUGGUGCAGGUGGUCUAGGUGGUGCAGGUGGUGGAGCCGGGGCUGGGGUUGGUGGUGCUGGUGGCUUAGGUGGUGGAACUGGCGGUGUUGGCGGUAUUGGUGGUGUCGGUGGUGGAAUAGGCGGAAUUGCUGGGCAUAAAGGAUAUCUUUCAACUCCUUAAUAAGUUAGCUAGCUAGCCUGCUAGUUUUUGCUUUAUUUUGAUUCUCCUUGAUUUGGGAAGCUGGUCUUGGUCCGGGUGGUUUAUGUUGCCUUUUUUUUUUGUUCUUACUUUGGUUGUUAGAAGCCUCUUAUAUAUAUGAGAGGUCCGAUGAUUUUCAGUUGUAUUUGUUGUUGUGUUUCCUAUUUUGCAUGUUUGAAUGAUUAUUGUAUCCGUGGUUGAAUCAAUUUGGAAAUUAUGUGAUUCAGUUUCUGGCUCUUUUAUUUGA